CUUGAGUUUUGCUUGUAAUUUUAGUAACUUUCAUGUAUGUACAUUAUGUAUAUUUUGUACAUGAGUGUUUGAAAAUGUGUGAAAGUGUAAAACUAAGAGGAGCGGACAAAGAUCAAGUAUUUUUAACGGAUUUUGAACUUUUAUCAUAAAUCACUAAGGUAGCGUUUUUGCUUUUUAAUAUCUACUUGUUUAUUCAAAGGCUGGGUUGAAAAAAACAUUUCAGUUUUAUGACGCACUUGUGACUUGGAUUUUGCAAGUGGAGUCACAUAUGCCUGUGUUUGUUCAUCUCACAAACGUGCAUAAUUUUGGAUAGUCUUUAAAUCAUCUAAAAUGGAAUCUGAAAUGAAUGAUGGUUGAAAAGUGAUUACUUAAUAUUUUGGAAAACAGUCUAGAUGGUAGUCAUGGCGCCCAUGCAGACUGCGGUGCAGUGCGACGAGAGUGAUCAGUCAAUGAGACAGAGACUCGUACAUAGUUUAAGUGCCAGCUUUCCCGGGAGUGCACUCUCUAAAGCUCUAAGCUGUAUGGAGAUCACGGACGAGGGUGAGGUCAUUGAAGACCCUUUAAGCUCAAGUUGUUUUGCGGAAAUACGCCUGGAAAAACUAGAUUCUGAUGACGAUGAUUUAACGAGUCUUGAUUGGUUAAAAUCUGGGGAUUUAUUGAAGGAUUUACGUGCGGGAGAAGAGUUAGAGACUUCCGAUGAAACUCAAAAAGAAAAUGGAGAGAUUAAAUUAGAAAAUGGCGGAUAUGCCACAAGUGCACAUCCCCCAAAUAUCCCAUACAACCCUCAGAAGCACGUCAACUCCAAACCUCCCUACUCAUUCAGCUGUCUUAUAUUCAUGGCCAUAGAGGACUCACCCCAGAAAAGACUACCAGUUAAAGAGAUCUAUGCAUGGAUCCUAAAUCAUUUCCCAUACUUCCAAAACGCGCCAACCGGAUGGAGGAAUUCUGUGCGACACAAUCUCUCACUCAACAAAUGUUUCCGUAAAGUUGACAAAGAACGUGGACAGAGUAUCGGGAAGGGUUCCCUUUGGUGUAUAGACCCAGACUACAGACCCAACCUACUACAGGCUCUCAGGAAGACCCCUUAUCAUCCCUAUCAUCAGAUGCAAAUGCUUGCCAAUCCUCAACCCUCUCCUAUAUACAACCUUGUCGGUGCAAGACGGCCCCUCACAUUGACCACACAGCAGUUUAACCAUAACACACCAUCUCCCCAUCUGUUCCCAUUUCUCAGCAAGAGAUUGGCUCAGUCAUCUAGCAAGUCAUUUACUGAUGUGUCGGACAUUGAUGCAGCCAGUGCCCUUGUGCAGAUGAAAGGCUCUCCAAACAGUAGGCCAUCUAGGAAUCCACGUUUGAAGCCUCUAGCUCUCGUGAAUGGCAAGCGUGUAAGAAGGUCAAGGUCACCAUCUCCUCCUGAGUUUGGAAGUGCCCGUGAGAAGCGACGACUGAAGAGAAAAAUGGAGCUACAACUGGCCCAUGUACAGAAGCGUUUGCUGACAGAACCUAUCGUGUACACAGAGUCACCUAGCGAGGAUCACACCUACAGCGCCACCUCUCCACUGCAUCUCAUACGCUCCCCCACCUCCCCAGGUUCCGGGUCAUCCUCAAUAGAUGAGGAAUACGACUUUGGUCCGGCUGAUGGUUACCAAAGUGAUGGCGUGGACAGCUUCGUGAGUGAGGAAUCAAAUUUUGAUGAGAGCGAGUGUGAAGAUGACAAUACUUUAAACGAUUCCGGAAAUUUCUCGAGGUUUAUCCGGAAAAAAUGCUCAUCCCCAGCUGAAGCUGCGGAAGAGGACGUUAAACUUGGUGCAGACGCUUUGUUGAAUCUAGCGGGGAUCAAUACAUCCAAUGUAGUCCCAAUACGUGCCAUUAGCCCUAGUGACUCAAAUUCUCCAGUACAAUCAGACACUCCAAGCCUCAUUAAGAAAUAG